CUCAAACAAAAAAACCUCUUCAGUUCUAAGUGGUAAUAAAUAACAAACAAACAUCUGAAACCCAAAAAAAAAAAAACGUUUCUUUUUUUCUUUUGCAUCUGUUUCAGUUUCUUCUCUAAAUCCAUGGACUUGUCAACUUCCUCCUAAGCCUUAACCCACCAUGGAUAUCGAAUCAAGAACUCAUCAAAACAUCGUCAAGAAGGAAUCAUGGAGAACAGUAUUAACAUUAGCCUACCAAAGCUUAGGCGUAGUAUACGGAGAUUUAAGCACGUCACCUCUCUACGUCUACAAAAGCACAUUCGCUGAAGACAUUCACCACACUGAGUCAAACGACGAGAUCUUCGGCGUUUUGUCUUUCAUCUUCUGGACGAUCACUCUCGUCCCUCUCUUUAAAUACGUUUUUAUAGUCCUCAGAGCUGAUGAUAAUGGUGAAGGUGGGACUUUUGCUCUUUACUCGCUUCUGUGUCGUCACGCGAGAGUUAACUCGUUGCCGAGUUGCCAGCUGGCGGAUGAGGAUCUUAUUGAGUAUAAGACGGAGGAGGAGGGGGGAGGAAUGAUGUCUCAGUCUGGUUUUGCGGCGAGGUUGAAGAGUGUGCUUGAGAAACAGAGAGUGUUGCAGAAGGUUUUGCUUGUGUUGGCUUUGAUUGGGACUUGUAUGGUGAUUGGUGACGGUGUCCUAACGCCUGCGAUCUCAGUUUUUUCUGCAGUGUCUGGUGUUGAGCUUUCAACGGCUAAAGAGCAUCACAAGUAUAUAGAAGUCCCUGCUGCUUGUAUAAUUUUGAUAGGUUUAUUUGCGCUUCAGCACUACGGCACACACCGAGUCGGGUUCUUAUUCGCACCAGUUAUCCUCUUGUGGCUAAUGUGCAUUAGUGCCAUUGGUGUUUACAACAUUAUCCACUGGAACCCGCAUGUGUAUCAAGCGCUCUCUCCUUAUUACAUGUACAAGUUCCUCAAGAAAACUCAAAGUAGAGGCUGGAUGUCUCUUGGUGGGAUCUUGCUCUGCAUCACAGGCUCAGAAGCUAUGUUUGCUGAUCUUGGUCACUUCUCUCAGCUCUCAAUCCAGAUUGCUUUUACAUCACUUGUGUACCCGUCAUUGAUACUAGCCUACAUGGGACAAGCAGCUUAUCUAUCGCAGCAUCAUGGCGUAGAAAACGAGUAUAAUAUAGGGUUUUAUGUGUCUGUACCGGAGAAGCUGAGAUGGCCGGUUCUUGUGAUUGCUAUACUAGCUGCUGUUGUUGGAAGUCAAGCUAUUAUUACAGGAACGUUCUCGAUUAUUAAGCAGUGCUCUGCGUUGGGGUGUUUUCCCAAAGUGAAGAUUGUUCAUACUUCGUCCAAGAUCCAUGGUCAGAUUUAUAUUCCUGAGAUUAAUUGGAUCUUGAUGGUUCUCUGUUUAGCUGUCACCAUUGGUUUCAGAGACACAAGGCGUAUGGGUAAUGCUUCAGGUUUGGCGGUUAUAACCGUUAUGCUAGUGACGACAUGUCUAAUGUCACUAGUGAUCGUGCUCUGUUGGCACAAAAACAUCUUCUACGCGAUAGCUUUCGUCGUCUUUUUCGGCACGAUCGAGUCUCUCUACUUCUCAGCUUCCCUAAUCAAAUUCCUCGAAGGCGCGUGGGUCCCCAUCGCCCUCUCCUUAUGCUUCCUAGCCGUGAUGUGCACGUGGCACUACGGCACUCUCAAGCGCUACGAGUUCGACGUGCAAAACAAAGUCUCGGUCAACUGGCUACUCAGCUUAGGUCAAACCCUCGGGAUCCAACGUGUCCGCGGCAUCGGACUCAUACACACCGAGCUAGUCUCCGGCGUGCCGGCGAUAUUCUCUCAUUUCGUAACCAACCUCCCGGCAUUCCACCAGGUUUUGGUCUUCCUAUGUGUUAAAUCCGUCCCCGUGCCGCACGUGCGGCCCGAGGAACGGUUUCUUCUCGGCCGCGUGGGGCCGAAACAGUUUAGAAUGUACCGUUGCAUUGUGCGGUAUGGGUACCGUGAUGUUCAUAAGGACGACAUCGAGUUCGAAGGCGAUCUUGUUUGUAGCAUAGCUGAGUUUAUACGUUCGGAAGCUGUAGUGGCUGAGACCAAUGGGGAGGAUGAGAGAAUGUCUGUGGUCGGAACUUGUUCGACAUACAUGAAAGGUGUCGAGGAUGUUGAUGAUGACCCGGGGACGUCGGAGAUACGAUCACCGAGGGCUAAGAAGAAGAGUAAGGUUAAGAAGAAAGUUAGGUUUGUAGUGCCGGAGACUCCGAAGAUAGAGAAGGAGACGAGAGAGGAGUUGAUGGAGCUAACGGAGGCGCGUGAGGGAGGUGUGGCGUAUAUAAUGGGGAAUGCGUAUAUGAGAGCGAAGCAUGGUUCAGGGCUGGUGAAGAGAGUUGUUAUUAACGUUGGGUAUGAGUUUCUUAGGCGGAACACUAGAGGUCCAAGAACUGCACUUACUUCGCCUUAUGCAUCUACGUUAGAAGUUGGUAUGAUCUACCAUGUUUAAAAGGAGUAUAUUCGUCUUUUUAUGUACAUGAAUUGAUGAUUUUGUUGUAUGAUAAUUUGAUAAAGGGAAUUAGAUUUAUAUAGAUCAAGAAGUUUUGUCCUUUGUGUAUGUGUGGAGGUAUUGCGAAAGGUUAUUGAGAGUUCUUUUUGUAUGUAUAACAACACUCUGUACAAAGGAUGUGUGUAUUAUCUUAUAUUGUUGAA